CGGUUACUUGCGAGACCAAAGACGACGUCAGGCAAUUGAACUUUCUCCUCUCACAUCUACGUCAUAUCGCGAGAACUCUCCACCCUGUCAUUUACAUCAUGGUCAAGCUUACAACUGCCGGCAUGCCGACAUGCCGGGGCCAACCGGUGCCUGUGCAGCGCCUAGCCAAUGACUCAUACAAAACCCCAUCGCCAAUUCUGCAACAGCAGAUGCCUGGGCUGUACCACGGGCGCUGCAGCAGCUACGGCGGCCACUGCAGCAUGGCUGGCCGGGCGCGGUGGUGGCGGCACGCAGAUGCAGCAGCUGCAGCGAGAACCGAGGUCCCCUUCACUCAGUUGCGGGGACGGGCGCUGCCCGACGCCCCCAUUCCGGGCCCGAAGGCGCAGAGCUCCAUACCCGCAUGCACAGGCUCUCCUACAAGGUGGAGGAGCAUUGCAGGCGCCGGAGGGAUCGGCAUCCUCGGCGCUCCCGGGGAGCAUGCUCGAACGCCAUGCAUGGGCCUCGAGAACCCUGGCCUGCACGCUGUACGCCUGCCCCACCGAUCCAUGUCCUCCACGGCCAUCGCUGCCUUCCCAUAACGUCCCCUGCCCGAUAUAUUUACAAAUUGAGGUCUCCCUCAAAAGGACUGGCUCAGCCCUGGUACCAAUAAGCGGCCCAGGGGGUGCGGCGGGUCAGGUACUCAUGUUCUACAUCACGCACUUGAUGCUGCUGCACCCCGCGAGUGCACAGUAGCUGCUGCCAAGCGAUUGCAGCAGCAGGCAAAUAAAAAGGAAGAGUGUGCAGCACAGCAUCGCAAUGCAGCAGGCCACAUCUCCAGGCGCCGCCGCGCCAACUCCAUCCGCAGCCGCCACAACCCCAGCUGCUACAGCCCCAGCUGCUACAGCCCCUGCUGCUACAGCCUCUCCCCCUGCCGCAGCGGCUGCAGCUACAGCCCUGGCUGCUGCCGGUAACCGUGUGACGAGCUCCAAGUACACUGCCGCCACCUUCCUGCCCGUGUUCCUAUUCCAGCUGUUCGCGCGGCCCGCCUACCUGUACUUCCUGGCGCAGGCGGCCCUGUCCUGGUGGGAGGUGGUGUCGCCGUUCUCGGGCAUCGGCAGCACGGCGGCACUGCUGUUCGUGGUGGUGGUCAGCGGCGUCAAGGCGGGUGUGGAGGACGUGCGGCGGCACCUGGAGGACGCGGCCACCAACAGGGCCCCAGCGAGGCGGGUGAUGCCGGACGGCUCCACCAAGACAGUGCCGUGGGAGGCAAUUCGCGUGGGCGACAUACUGGAGGUCCGUGACGGCGAGCUGCUGCCGGCUGACCUGCUACUGCUGCGGGCGGGGCUGCCCGGCGGCGUGGCGUUCGUGCGCACCACAAACCUGGACGGGGAGACAAACCUCAAGAUCAGACACGCGGUAGAGCUGCCGCCGCAGCAGCAGGAAGGGGGGGAGGAGGAGGAGGAGGCGGGUGACGGAGGCAGCAGCAGCGGCAGUAGCACUGGCGGCCGCACCGGUGACGGCAGAAGCGCGAGCGAGAGCGAGAGCGAGGGCGAAAACGAGAGCGAGGAUGGAUUCAGGAGUGGCGAGGGCGAUGCGGGAGCUGGGGAACCCAACGCGGCGCCCUUGCAGGAGAGGGUGCGCGUCAUGCGCCUGUGUGGCCACGUGACCUGCCAGCCGCCAAGCCGCAGCCUACACACCUUCCGGGGCGCCGUCCACUACCCCCCGCCGCCCCAGACACACACCCAGCCCCUGCCCCAGACCGAAACCCAGAUGCAGCAACCCGCCGCCGCUGCUGACACACCGCCUGCGGCCGCGGCGGCGGCGGCAGCGGCGGUGCCGCUGCUGCGGGGGCCGUCGGAUCAGCCGCGCAGUGGCAAGGCGGCAGCGCCUGCUGCUGCUAGCGGUGGUGGUGGUGGUGGUGGCGGUGAUGGUGGUGGUGGCGGUAGCGGUGGCGAUGGAGGGGGAGCCCUGGACACAGGCAGUGGCAGUGGGGUGGGCAGAGGUGGACAAGACUGCGGGGCGGGUGGGCAGCAGCAGCAGCAGCAACAGCAGCAGCAGCAGCAGCAGCAGCAGCAGCAGCAGCAGCAGCAGCUGCAGCCGGCGGUAGGGAAGCCAGCGGCGGCGGACCCGGCGUCGGCGUCGUCGGCGUCGUCGGCGUCGUCGGCGGCAGCGGCUGGGCUGGGCUCAGCAGUGGCGUCGGCGCCAGUGGCGGCGGCGCCGUCGUCGUCGGCGGCUGCGGAGUGGGUGUCCCCUCUGAGCAUGGACCACCUGCUGCUGCGGGGCUGUGCGCUGAAGAACUCCAGGUACGUCCUGGGUCUGGCCCUGUACUGCGGCCCGCAGAGCCGCAUCCAGAUGAACGCCGUGCGGCCGCCCUUCAAGACCGGCUCCUACGACCGACUGCUCAACAGCCAGAUACUGCUGCUGCUGGGGCUGCAGGCGGUGCUGUCCGUGGCCUCGGCGGUGAUCAGUUGGGACUGGCGGCGGCGGCACGGACUGCGGCGGCCGCACCUGGCGCUGGAUGACCCCGUGCAGGGCAACUGGCGCAGUACGGGUGCGUACAUCGUGCUCCUCAGCAUCACCUUCUGGAUCCUGUACGGCUACCUGGUCCCCAUCAGCCUGUUUGUGACCAUGGAGCUCGUCAAGUUCUGGCAGGCUUUCGUGUUCAUCAAUUGUGAUCCCGCGCUGGCAGAGGCGCCGCCGCCGCCAUCCCAGCCGGCGGCCAAGCAGCAGCGUCCCCACCACCACCAGCACCACCAACACCACCACCAGCACCACCAUCAACACCACCACCUGCCGCCACAUGAAACCAUCGACACCACUCCUGCGCCGCCGCAGCAGGCGGAAGGACUGGCGGCGGCGGCGGCGGCGGCGCCAAGCAGCGGUGCUCUCGCAGCGCCGCCGCCGCCGCCGCCGCCACCACCCCAGCCGCCGCAGUCUGUGCAGGGGUCGCAGGAUGCAGCACCGCCGCAGCAGCCCCCGCCAUCCCCGCCACUGCCGCCGCCGCCGCCGCCGCCGCAGGCGCCUCCAGAGCCGCCGCUGCACGGCUUUGCUCGCAGCAGUGCGGUGAAUGAGGACCUGGGUCGGGUGAGUGUGGUGUUCGCCGACAAGACAGGCACGCUCACACGCAACGACAUGAGGCUGAGGCGGCUGGCGCUGCUGGCGGGAGCGGGGGCAGCGGCGGCAGGAGGCGGAGGCGGAGGAGGAGGCGGUGGCGGUGGCGGCAUAGAUGGUGGCGGUGGUUUGGGUGGCGGGGAGGUGGCGGCGGCAGGAGAUGGGCGGGUGCGGGCGGGCGGCGGUCAGCAGACCGCAGCAGCAGAGGCAGGGGUUAGUGGCGGCGGCGGCGGCGGCGGCAGUGGACAUGGCAGUAGUGGAAAUGGCGGCGGCGGUGGUGGGGAUGGCAGUGGCAGUGGUGGAAAUGGCGGCGGCGGUGGUGGGGAUGGCAGUGGCAGUGGUGGAAAUGGCGGCGGUGGCGGCGGCGCUGCCUUCAUGUUCGGGACCCUGGAGACUCGGCUGGAGGAGCAGCCCGGGCUGAGGGGCUCGGCGGCGCUGGCGGCCUUUGAUGCGCGGCUGCAGCGGGCCGCCGCCGCCCUCUACGCCAGCGGCGGCUGGGAGGCGGCCCUUCGCGGCGGCGGCACCGGCGGCGUGUACCUGCCCAUGACAGCGCCGCCGCCGCCGCCGCCGCCGCCGGCGUCAGAACCCCGCAGCUCAAAAAACCCCAACAACAGUGUCGCCGGCGGCGGUGGCGGCGGCGGCGGCGGUUACGACGCUGCGGACGUUGAUCUGGGUCGGCAGUUUGUUGCAAUGCUCAUUAGCAUGCUGGUGUGCCACUCAGUUGUGCUGGAGCCGCCGCCGCCGCCAGACUCCAAGCCGGCAGCGGCGGCGGCGGCAGUGGCGGCGGCGGCGGCGGGCUCUACUGGCAGACCGCGUCGCCGGUGGCAGAACGGGCAGCAGCAGGAGGGCGAGGGGGAGGAGGAGGGCGAGGAGGGGCAUACAAGGCAGCCGCAAAGGCGGCAGCACCAGCGGCAGCGCGGGGGUGUGCUGGGCCGCGUGCGACAUAACCACGGCCGGGGAACAGGCGGAGACGGCGGCAGUGGCGGGGGCGGCGGUGGUGGCCGGGGCGGUGCCGGCAGUACCGGGGUCAGUGGUGUGUUGCCGGAGCCGCCGGGCAGUGAGGCAGAGGCGGCGGCGGCGGCGGCGGGUGACAGCGACGGCGAUGGCUCUGAAAGUGGUGGUGGUGGCGGCGGCGGCGGCGGUGGGAAGGCGCAGCAGCGGGAGCCGGCACUGCAGGGCCCCUCCCCCGACGAGGUGGCUCUGCUGGAGGCGGCCCGGCAGCUGGGCUUCUCCCUGAGCGGCCGCACCCGAGAUGAGGUGGAGAUACGGGUCACGCCGCCACACCUCACGCCGCCGGCACCGCAGGCACCGCAGCCGCAGCAGCAGCAGCAGCAGCAGCAGCAGCCGCAGCCGCAGCAGCAGCAGCAGCAGCCGCCGCAGCCGCAGCAGCAGCCGCAGCAGCCGCAGCCGCAGCAGCAGCAGCAGUCGGUGACGAACCGGGGCAGCAGCGGCAAUGGCGAGAGUGGCAGUAGUCAGGCGGACGGCAGCCCCGGCGACCACGUGGGGAUUCCCGCCGGCGCUCCGCGACAGCCGCAGCAGCAGGACCCUCCUCCGCCGCCGCCGCCACCGCCGCCGCUGGUGCUGCGCUAUCGGCUGCUAGAGGUGCUGGAGUUCUCCAGUGCGCGCAAGCGCAUGUCUGUGCUGGUGGAGGCGCCCGACGGCUCCAGGGCCCUCCACGUCAAGGGCGCAGACACAGUGCUGCUGCCGCGACUACUGACGGCGGCGGCGGCGGCGACCACCACAGGGGACAGGGGCAGCAGCAACAGGGGCGGCGGCGGGGGGAGCAGCGGGGGGACCGGGGGCGGCGGCGGGGGCGGCGGCGGGGGGAGGGAGCGAGAGCGAGCACAGCAUGGCAGGGGAGAGGGAGAGCGGCAGCAGCAGCAGCUGCUGGCGACGGAGUGCCUGGACGCCUUUGCCGCUCAGGGCUUGCGCACGCUGGUCUUGGCGGCCCGGCCCCUGCCCGACCCCCGCUGGGUGGAGCAGUGGCGGGAGCGGCACCGCCGGGCUGCUGCCGCCGCGGGAGGCGGUGGCGGCGGUGGAGGCGGUGGCGGCGGUGGCGGCGGCGGCGGUGGUGGCGGCGGCGGUGGCGGCGACUCGGGUGCCAGGACAGGAAGUGCAGGCGGUGCAGGGGCAGCAGCAGGGCAGGGGCAGGAGGCGGCGGGGAAGGAGGAGGCGGGGAAAGAGGAGGCGGCGGUGACGCCUGCGGCACUGGCAGAGGAGUUGGAGCGCGAUCUGGCGUUGGUGGGGGUGGUGGGCAUUGAGGACCAACUGCAGGAGGGCGUGCCUGCCGCCGUGUGCUCCCUGCUGUCUGCCGGGCUGCGGCUGUGGGUGAUCACCGGCGACAAGCUGCAGACCGCGGUCAACGUGGCGCGGGCGGCGGCGCUGCUGACACAGCCAGCGGACUCGCAACUGCUGGUGCUGCGGGAGGGCGAGGAGGAGGGCAUCCGGCGGCAGCUGAUGGUCCUGAUGCGGCGUGCGGUCGACAUACACCACCACAGCCGCAGCAGCUGCUACAGCCACAGUCCUCAGCAGCAGCAGCAGCAGCCGGCAGUAGCAGCGGGAGGAGCCGCGGCAGGGGCUGUAGCAGGGGCUGUGGCAGAGUCAGGGGCUGCUGCUGCUACUGCCGCCGCCACUCGCGCCGAGCUGGUCAUUGACGGCCGCAGUCUAGAGGUGGUGCUGGAGCAGGGCCGGGCGGCGGCGGCAGUAGCAGCUGCUGCUGCGGCGGCGGCAGUAGCAGCAGGGGGCACAGGAAAGGCAGGAGGCGGGCAGGGGAAAGGAGGGACCAGCACGAACGCGGGACGACAGGUCUGGAGUGCUUGGGGCGGCAAGGCGGCGGCGGCCUGGUCCGCAGGCGGGCGGUGGCUGAGGGGGGCGAUGGAGGCGGCGGAAGAGGUCACGGGCCUUGGCGGCGGCCGCAGGUCCGGCCGCGGCGGCGGCGGCAGUAGCAGUGGCGGCAGCGGCGGCGGGGCCCCCGGCGGUUUCGGCCCUCUGGCUGAGCGGCUGGCGGCGCUGUGUGCCGUGUGCUCGAGUGUGGUGGUUUGUCGCGCCUCGCCCGCCCAGAAGGCCGCGGUGGUCCGCCUCAUGCGCCACCACCGCCGCCGCCUUCACCAGCUGGAGCGCAGCCGCCGCCGCCGCCGCCGCUGGGAAGCAGCCCGCUGGCUGCUGCUACAGCCGCAGCGGAUACUGCUACGGCUGUUGCAGCUGCUGCAGCGGCUAUUGCCGCGGCGUGGCGGCAUGCAUGUCGGGAGCCGCAGUCAUGGGGCAGGUGUGGAGGUGGCUGACCGCGGGAGCGGAGUGGGGCGGAGGGAGACCGCUGCAGCGGCGGCGGCGGCGGCGGCGGGGCCGGACGGGCCUGCGCUCGGGUCCGCGGCGGGCGGCAGCGGCCGUGGCCGUGGCCGUCGUUGUGGCGGCGGCGGCAAUGGAGGCGCCGGCACGGACUCAGACCAGGAUCCAGAUCCGGAGGCGCCUGACCCACACCCGCCGCCAGCAUUGUCUCCGCCGCCGCUGACGUCACCGCAGCCGCCGCCGCCAUUGCCUCGCUCCUCCAGGCCAUGGUCGUGGACGCCGCUCCGUACCCGGUACCAUGGCGGCGGCGGCGGCGGCGGCGGCGGUAGCGCUGGUGCUAGGGGUGGCGCCGCCGCCGCGCCUGUCCCCAUAGGCAGUUUUGCCACGGUCCCGCCGACGCCAGACCUGGCCGCCAGGAGCAACAGCAGCAGCAGCGGCAGUAGCAGUGCUACUGCCCGGGAGCCUGCGCAGCCGCCGGCAGCAGCAGCAGCAGCUGCAGCAGCGGCAGCGGCGGACAGUGAGGAUGCGAGCGGCGCGGGUCGUGGCGGUGGCGGCAAAGAGGAGGAUGACGAGGCAGCUGCAGCGGUGCUGCUGGCCGCACUUGAGGACCUGUGCCUAGGCAGUAGCAGCAGUAGCAGCGGCGGCAGCAGCAGUAGAGACGGCGGCGGCGGCGGCGGCGGCACGUCUGGUGCCAAGAGCGCGCCGGCGUCAACGGGGCCCAGCGGGGGCAGUGGGGGUGGCGGUGUCGGCGGCGGCGGCGACAGCGGUGUGUUUCUGGCGAUCGGCGACGGUGCCAAUGACGUGGCUAUGCUGCAGGCCGCGGACGUGGGUGUGGGGCUGCUGGGCCGCGAGGGCCGCCAGGCCGCCAACAACGCCGACGUGGCCCUGCCCGCCUUCAGACACCUGGUGCCGCUGCUGCUGGUGCACGGCCAGCUGUGCACGGAGCGGCUGGGCCGGCUGGUGACGUACUCCUUUUACAAGAACAUCGCGUACUGGGGCGUGCUGGUGGGCUUCCAGUUCUACUGCGGCUUCUCAGGCCAGGCGCUUAUCGACGACAUCAGCGGCUCCUUCUACAAUGUGGUGUUCACGGCCGCACCCAUACUGGUGGUGGCGCUGCAGGAGAGCCUGGCGCCCCGCCCCGCCGUCACGUUGCUGAGGCACCCCGAGAUGUACAAAGCGGCGCCCGCUCUCACUCCUCACCGCUUCUGGGCCGAGGGCAUUGCGCUGCCGCUGCUGCACGAGGCUUACACUACCUCUCUUGCCGAGCACCCCAGCCCAAACAAUCUGUUUACAUGCUUGACUCCUCCGAGCGCCGCCUGCCUGCUCAUCCCCCUGUACGGCGCCACGCCCUACCGCACCCUGCCCGGCCACUCGCUGUGGGUGGUGGGCAAGGCCGCCUACGUGGCCCUGGUGCUGGUGGUGACGGCGGAGCUGGCGCUCACGGUGCGCAACUGGACGCGGCUGCUGGCGGCAGUGUGCACGCUGUCGGCGGCCCUUCCAUUCCCCUUCCUGCUGCUGGUGUGGCGGGUGGAGCUGGCGUCUGGCUACCUGGAUGAGGGCACGGCGGGGGCGGCGGACCUGCUGUUCGCCACACCGGGCUUCUGGCUGGCGCUGGUGGCGGUGGUGGGGCUCACGGCGGGCAGCAGGUACCUGGAGCGGGCUGUGCGGUGGCUGUUCUUCCCCGACCGCUUCAUGCGCCUGGAGCUGGAGCUGAUGAGGAGAGAAGCGGCCGGGGCAGCAGCAGCAGCAGCAGGAGCAGGAACAGGAGCAGGGGAGGAGGGAGCCGGCGGGGAAGUAGGGAAGCAGGGGCGCAGGGAGGAGGCGGGGGAGCGGGGCCGGCGGGGAUGAGAGAAACGAAUCGGAGAAAGGAGCUAGCCCACUAGGCUUACGUGUAGGGGCUUGAACGACGGGGGAAAUGCCCCACUGUGCAGACACGCACAUUGAACAGUUCCACGCAAGUACCAAACGCAGUUGCAUCACAUCGAUGCCCCAGUGCAGCUGCGGCUGGGGCUGACCAUUGUGGUUGGGCUCUAACUGGGUGGCGGGUGUUUACUGCUGCUUAGGCCGCAAACUCCUGAAAUAGCUGUGCACUAACGUGCAUUGCGGACGCUGGGCCCGGCCCGGCGCAGGCCUCGUGUUUGGAGGGGGUCCUGCAUGUCUGAGUGGGUGCAUGGGUACCGUAGUACUGCUGUGCCCGUACGGUAUCAUCCGUGUUCGAACGUGCACGCCGUGAACCUGUGGCUGUGCACGUGUCAUACCGUACAUCCCGUGCUGAGUGCAUGUGCCGACGCGGAUUUAUGGCAAAUGUGUCUUGGCUAUGCCUGCGGCUCUGGCUUGCACAGCGCUUCCUCUGCUGGUGCGCCCUGGUAGAGCCCCCACGGUGCCGCGCCCACCCGCCGCCUGCCGUGCGGCCUCCACAGCGGCUUGCCGCCCCACCCCACAGCACGCGGCGUGCUCAGGGUCACAGCGGUCGCAAGGAUCGCGGCCAGCUUAUUUUCGGCUUGUCGGACUGUCCCUUCAAUUGUAAUUCGCAUCCUUA